AUGGAGCAUCGUCUUAUUAAUUCCCUAGUCGAGGUACCAGUUGUCGAUGAAGCAGAACUUGCUGAGACGGUUUCCCUCAUUCCCCACCCAAUGACUCUAAAUGCCAAGGGGAAGAUGGUAAAGAAAGCGAGCAAGGAUGAUGUUGAGCGCCUUCUCCUUCAAGGCUACCACCAUUUUGAAGGAGGUGCCUUGAUCAAAGUCCAGACCGACAUCAAGCACAUUAGCGAACGUGUUGUGGUCGAUCUUGUGAAAAGAUUGCAGAAUCGUGCUGACAACAGCGUGACCCACUACUUUGCUAAGCUACAAAGCAAAGAUAGGCAACUGGGCUAUUAGCCUUUUCAUGAACCUGGCAAAAAAGCAGGGCAUUGAUUUUGCUGUCUGCCAGGGCCAGUGGGCAGCUCGCCAUAUCCUCCAGGAAUGCUGGCAUAACUACGGCAGAUCCAGCAAGUCGAGAGCGGUUUCUAGGUAUGAUAACUACUACACUAGAGCAACUACAAUCAAAUAUAUAUUAACUAUCAGGUAGACAACAAGAACCGGCUUCUGCUCUUCCUGUCUCUGCUUCUCUUCCUGCUUCUGCUUUUCUUCCUGUUUCCGCUUCUGCUUUUCUUCCUGCCCCUGCUCCUGCCCAGUCCACGCAGUCUACCAAACGACGCCGUACGACAAAGCGGCUCGGAG